AUGGAUGACCACCACCUGCUUCCCGUGGCCGCCGCCAUCGCCGUCGCGCUGCUCGCGCUCCCCGCCGCGGGUUACCCCACGUACCCGUUCACAGUGUGCGGCGCCAGCAGUUUCUACAAGCCCAACAGCACGUACCAGGCCCACCUCGACCUCGCUGCCGCCACGGUGCCCAGCAACGCCUCCGCGUCCCCGGACCUCUUCGCCGCGGCGGUCGUCGGCGCCGUCCCGGAGCAGCUCUGGGCCAUGGGGCUCUGCCGCGGCGACGUUAGCGCCGCCACCUGCUUCACCUGCCUCACCCAGGCCUUCCUGGACCUGCCCAACUACUGCUCCUACCAAAAGGACGCCAGCAUCUACUACAACGCCUGCAUCCUCCACUACUCCGACGUGCACGUCCUCUCCUCCGACGACUACGGCCCGCAGUUUGACAUGAGCAACAUCUACAACCUCGGCAACGUUACGUCAGACCCGGCCCGGUACAACCGCCUCCUGGCCGCUCUCGUCAACCACACCGCCGACUACGCCGCGUACAACUCCACACGGAGGUUCGCCACCGGGGAGGCCGACUUCGACCUGCAGCCCCACAAGGUGUACACCGUGGCUCAGUGCACGCCGGACCAGACGCCGGCUGAGUGCCGGAGGUGCCUUGCCCGGCUCAUAAUGACAUCGCUGCCUGCCUUCUUCAACCACACCGGAGGCAGGACCCUAUGGUUCAACUGCACCUACAGGUUCGAGACAUCACCCUUCUACAAUGGACCGCCGAUGGUGCGUCUGGCUUCACGGAGCAGGGGAGCGCCGGCGCCGGCGCCGGCUGUGCAGCCAACGGUUGGGACGCCAGGAGUGGCAGGAGGAGGAGAGAGAAAGUUGAGCGUUCCCGUCGUGGUUCCUGCAAUCUUGCUCCCUAUUAUAUCAGCCUUGAACCUUGUGGUUUGCUUCUGUUUCUGGAGGCGCCGGCGGUCAGCAGCACAAGUGAAGAAUCCAUAUCCAAGGUAUUCUACUGAAACAGAGGACAUCGAAAUGGUGGAUUCGAUCCUGAUCGACGUCUCCACCCUGCGAGCCGCCACGGAUAAUUUCGCCGAGAGCAACAAGCUCGGACAAGGGGGGUUCGGCACGGUGUACAAGGGCACCCUGCCCAACGGCGACGAGAUAGCGGUGAAGCGACUGUCGCAGGGAGGGGAGGAGCUCAAGAACGAGCUCGCGUUGGUGGCCAAGCUGAAGCACAAGAAUCUCGCCAGGCUGCUCGGCGUCUGCCUGGAGCAGCAGGAGCGGCUACUCGUCUAUGAGUUCGUCCCCAAUCGGAGCCUCGACCUGAUUCUUUUUGACAUUGAGAAACGUGAGCAGCUGGACUGGGAGCAGAGGUACAAGAUCAUAAACGGCGUUGCUCGGGGCCUGCAGUACCUCCACGAAGAUUCUCAGCUCAAAGUUGUCCACCGUGACCUCAAGGCCAGCAAUAUCCUGCUAGACGCCAACAUGAACCCCAAAAUCUCGGACUUUGGCCUUGCGAGGAUCUUUGGGCGCGACCAGACGCAGGCCGUCACCAACCGCGUCGUCGGCACCUAUGGAUACAUGGCGCCCGAGUACGUGGCGAGCGGCAACUACUCGGUGAAAUCGGACGCGUUCAGCUUUGGCGUAAUUGUGCUGGAGAUCAUAACAGGGAGGAAGAACAACGGCUGCAGCAACUCCGGGAGGUCUGAAGAUCUCUUGACCAUGGUAUGGGAGCACUGGGAGGCCGGGAUGGUGACGGAGAUAGUGGACCCGUGCAUGUGCAUGGGCGGAAGUUUUCAUGAGGGCGACGUGCUGAAAUGCUUCCACGUAGGUCUCCUGUGUGUGCAGGGAAACCCGGCGGCCCGACCAAUGAUGUCAUCAGUCGUGACGAUGCUCGGAAGCGAUACGGUCACCCUCCAGGCUCCAUCCAAGCCGGCAUUUCUGUCCUGGAACAUCUCACCAGAAUUGGCUACAUGAUAGCUCAUUUGUUGCUUAUGAAACUACCAUUGAAAAUGGCUCUUUAAUGACAAAAAAAUCCAGUGCCUGCUUUUAAUGACAAAAAUUCAGGCUACAAUAGUCACAGCUCA